AUGGAACGCCCCUCCUUCACUGGCCUGCCGACCGAGAUCCUCGAAGCCAUAUUUCUAAAUCUCGACCCACGAUCCCUCGCGUCCGUUUCGCAGACCAACAAGCUCAUCAAGGAGCUCACUACCGAUGCGCCCAUCAUCUGGCGACAUCUAUGCAAGUCGCAAUUCAAGACAUGGGACUCUCGCCACAACAUCAUCGCCAAGUUUGCAGCCCCAUUAUCUGAUGUCGACUGGCGCGCGCUGUACAUGACCAAGCACACGAUUGAGCGCCACACAAGAAAGCUGUUGAAUCACAUUGUGGCUAGUCAGCAAGAGCGCAUACGGUGCAUCAACGAAAUCGCAGAGUUCGGAUACGAUGCAAAGGAGACGCUGUUGAAGGAAUGCGCAUGCCCCGACGACACAGAGGAUGUUUUAGCGAGACGUUACUACGCCAAUGCCGUACUCGAGCGCAUACACCGCGAGGUCGCCAUCAAAGUCUGGACGGAUUUGCACAACGGCAAAGACAUAUCCAUCGAGAGAGCCCUGGGCGCAUACGACGUAUUCGCAAGAGUUGGAGAGGAUGUUGACGUUGACGUCGUGGCCGAGGAUAUCACUGCAUUGGCCAAUCGACUGCUAGAAACAUACCCUGAUUUCCGCAGUUGGAGUCCUCGGAGACAGGCUUCAACAUUGGCAUCCUAUCUCCGCGACCAAGGCUUCCAAGGUGUCACCGACACAUCCUACCGCGCCCUAAGAAAUUCCUUCAUCGGACUUGUCAUACGCUCAGCCAAUCACCAAUCUCUCCCCCUCAUCUCAGUUGCCAUCUACUGCGCAGUGGCACAACGGCUCGGCCUUGAUGCACGACCUUGCGGGUUCCUCUUCCAUGUCUACACACUUGUCUACGCGCCUAAAAACUAUAAUCUUAAUGGCGAGUACAAACCGACCAGUUCGACAGAACUCGACUAUAUGUACUUGGAUCCAUUUCGCUCUUCUUCCGAAGUGAGACAAGGCGAUCUUCAGCGGGUUCUACGCGACAUGGGUGUUCCCAGCAGCGAACACCGAGGCUUCCUUAGCGAUACCAACACUCGAGAAAUGGUGAUGCGUACCGCACGCAAUAUCAUGAAUUCUGUCCAGACAAUCCGCGAGACUGAAGCUGGAUCACGCAGAAUUGAGGCCUCGUGGAUGAACUCACAACCAGACAUGGAUAACGCUUUCUACGCAACAAUCUGGGCCAUGCUGCUAUUGGGUCCUAAUGACGAUAAUCUUAAUGCAAGCCAUACGGCAAUCCGGCGCCGUCAAUAUCUGCCGUACCUGCUCGAGCAUUUUCAGAUGCACUACCCAUGGGAUGUGACGUUGCUAUCACGCUACGUCGUCCCUAUGUUUUACAAUCAGCCAGAGGGCCACAGAUUACUUCAAUUCGUGCAGAGCAUGCACCAGGUCGAUGCAAUGCGUAAGCCUGUCAUCCAUCGUUCUGAGCGCACGCAGGACGUUGCGUUCAAAGUAGGCCAAUUGUUUCAACAUAAGCGUUACGGGUAUGAGGGUGUAAUCACAGGCUGGGAUGUUGUCUGUGACGCCAAUGAGGAUUGGAUUCAGAAUAUGCGUGUGGAUUCUCUGUCAAAUGGCCGGAACCAGGCUUUCUAUCACGUACUUGUCUGCGACAAAUCUGUUCGUUACGUUGCUGCUGAGAACAUCCAGCCUGUUGGUGCGGACACGUACCCUUCAGAAGCAUUGUUGAAACUUGCUGGUCGUCACUUCAAACGCUGGGAUGAUGCAGACCAUUGUUUUGUGAGUAAUGUGCGAGACGAAUACCCAGAGGAUUAG